CAGCGCGCAUUUUCGUACUAGUAACGCACUGUGCACAAUGCACCACAAACUGCGUUUUGUCCUCGCGCGGUUGUUGAGUAAAAUUUAAGUUAAUUUUUGCUCUCAAAAUUACGGGACACGGUACUUUUUUAAACACUUUCAAAACGACAUAAUUUUUAUGUGUGGACUUUUGAAUUUUUAGUUGUUUACUUUUCAAAUGUCUCAUCAGUAAAUUUCGUCAUUGUGACAUUGUUUUUUCACCAGUUUACUUCAGACUGAACAGACGAAGCAGAAUAUUCCAUUGAGUAAUUUGAUUUCAGUGUUUUAUGGCAUGUGAAUCUAUGAGCAGUCGCAGUUUUGUUGAAUUUGAUUGUUUUGUGUCCUCGUCGUCACUCAAUCUGCAAAAACUUUUGUUUUUGAAUACGGAGCUCUUCGCUGGAACUGGAACUGUGUGCUGGUGAGAAUAAAAUCACUGCACUGAUUGUAGCAGUUUAUUCGAGGACAUGAAGCAGACAACACCUCCUGGAUCAGCUAAACCCAGAGUAUCUGGAUUUACUCGCGUAUCCUCCACCAAACGAUUAACGAAGUCACCCAGCGAACUGGCUGAUGGCGCAAAAAUUUCCUCAGCCCCGAGACGCAUUUCUUUUGCUGACAGCACUCCGACACGAACAAGUGUGGGCUUUGCUAACGAUCGCUCUGGCGCCGCUCUUCCGAAAGCGAUUUUGAAAAAUAAACCGUUUUCGAAUAAAAGCCCCGAAGAAGCCCCGGGAUCGCUGCCAGAAAGGGCGAAACCACGAAUCAGUGCCAUCUUCCCGUCUCCUGCUCCAACACAGUCCGCACCGACAUCCCCGACUGUCCCUGAUUUAUCUUUCACCAUGGACGGUAAUAACAAUGGCUUCACACCAUCAUUUCACGAACCAGUUAAUCCGCUGUCGACCGAACUAAACGAUACAAGGACCAGCACCUUCUUUCCUCCGCCGUCAUCCUUGCUCUCGGCGAUAUCACUGCCCAGUGCGAAUACCACUUUAAUUCCCAAUUCGUCCGGCCAAAAUUCAACACCAAUGUUUAGCGCGUCGCCCAUAUUUGCUUCUCCAACACGGGAAAGGCAAUCCAGUCACUUCCCUGAAAGUCCUUUUUCCCACCAUUUGAUGAAUCCGUUUGAUAGUACGUCACAUCCAAACUCAAAUCCUGCACUGCCCGGAAUGCCGCAUGCCGGUCUUAAUUUAUUGUGGAAUCCGUUCAGUCCGGUCGUGAACAGAUCUCCGGCUGCAUUUUCGUACGAAUCUUAUCUUCUUCAGCGCGUUCAGUUCCAGGAAGGUCAGAUUCACAUGCUGCGUUCGCAGCUCCACAAGUGCGCCGAAUUGUACAGUUCCCUUUAUGCCAAAAGUGUUGAAAAUUUAAGCUCGACGUCGGAGUGUGCUACGCAAACGGAAGUGACGCAGACGUGCGACGCUAGCACCGCAAUGGAUGAGAUGACCGGUGAUUGCCCAGAGACUAAGUGCGACAAACGUUCUACUGCGGGUCCUCUCGAGAAGGCUGUUGGUCCACCUAUAAAUGGACAAGUUUCUCCGGAGCAGCAGGCCUAUAUGGAAAUGAUGGCAAAUAUCCAAUUAGCGCUAAAAAACUCCGGAAAUGACAGCAUUAUCGAUCCGAGCAAACAAAAAAUGCCGAACAUUGGUGACCCGGUUAGCGGAUCGAAUGACGUGAGUGUGUUGUGUGGAGAUCUGGCAAAAAAAUAUUUAAAUAUGGAUAUGCACCAUUUCAUCAACAAAAGCAGUCGAGCAGCCUUGGAGCAAGCUAAUUUCUACGGGAUGCAUGGCAGUGAUGUAAGCUUUGCUACGAAAAACUAUCUGGAACGUCACGGACUAACAAAAUCCGGAGUUGCUCGCAAUGGAUUUUUGCGCACUGAAAGUAUUAUAGAAUGGAAUGAAGAAGACGAGGCCGAGUGUGAUGGAAGCAGUCGAAUACAGUAUUUUCAGCAAGCCAGAAGGGACGCAUAUUUUUGCAGGGGACAACCGUUUCCAAACGGGUACCUAGGUGCGCAAUAUACCCAAGGUAGUGAGAAUUACGAUUUGGGGCUCCAUGGUUAGCUUCGACAUGUAUUUAAUGUAAAGAUUUUGUUUGUUCUAUACUUGAGCCUGCACAGGUGCACGGGUUGCUUGUCCUUGCGCUUUGCUGCAUUUUCAGUCAUUAUUGUUGUUGUUUUUAGUAGCUUAUUGAUACGACAAAUUUGUCAUUGUUAUAUUACUCGUGUUGGGUGUAUUAUUCGUGUUAUGAUAAGACAGCACCGAAAUUCUUCCUGAGAAAUGAAACAUUCAAUGAAACAGUCGGGACUUUUGGCCGA